GAAUGAAAAUGGAGUGAAGAAGAAAGCGGAAAACCCCUUUUCAUCCCCCCCCUGAAAAGCGAUUCAAGGUCUCUGGACUUUUCAGUUUGGUUUUGAAUGGAUCUUCGUCCCAGGAAGAGGCAAUCCUUGUCUGGUUUCACCGAAGAUGAGGUACGAAGAAUGGACUCCAUUCUUCAGGAUUCCAAAGCAAAUGUCUUGGACCAAGACUUCUGCAAGAAAUUAGCAAAGGCGUUCAACCGGUCCAAGGGUCGAACUAGACAACCUGUUGUGAAGUGGAUGGAGAUACAAAAUUGGUUUAAGAAUAGGCAGAAAAUUUGCCUCGAGAAGGAUACUCCAGCAGAUGCUACCAAAGUAUUGCCUGAUGUCCCAGAGUCACACCCUCCGGACAAAGAAAAAGAAACCUCUAAUAUACAAAAAGUUUUAUCCUCUGCUGAAAAAGCUCCAGACCUGUCGGAGUUAGAAUUUGAAGCUAGAUCUUCGAAAGAUGGGGCAUGGUAUGAUAUAGAUUCUUUUAUCUCACAUAGAUAUCUAAGCUCAGGGGAUGCUGAAGUUCUUGUCAGAUUUAUCGGGUUUGGAGAAGAGGAGGAUGAAUGGGUAAACAUAAGGAGGUCGGUCCGUGAACGUUCUAUUGGUUUGGAACAUUCAGAGUGCAACAAGGUGAUGGUCGGAGAUAGUGUACUGUGCUUUCAGGAGAAAAAGGAUCUUGCAAGAUACUUUGAAGCUCGUGUCACAGAAAUCCAAAAGAGGCUGCAUGACAUAAGAGGCUGCAGAUGCCUGUUUGUGAUUCAAUAUGCUCAUGAUAACACCCAGGAAACAGUUCGGUUGAAAAGAUUGUGUUUCCGGCCAGGCAUACUUGUUCGCCUACCGGAGACUUAGCACUCCAACACCCCUAGGGGCCAAGAGUCCAUCCGAAUUCACAAAAUGGUUAGUGCUUUUUGUUUUGUGAGGUACCAAAACUGUGAAGCACCACCACAUGCUGUCUACAUUUGUGCAUAACAGACAGCCAGAAAAUUUUGCCAUGAAAGUAUUGUGAGUGAUGGAGUUUCAUGAGAUUACCUAGCUGACUUACCCAUGUUUU